GUUGAUUUGAUGGUAGAUCCUACAAUCUGCUGAUCGAUUCUUAUAGCACCCACUGUGGCACUAUCUCCUUACGCACUACAAGGAGAAGAACUGUCUGGUCGAAGGUCCGCUGAACAAUCUACAGGCGAGCAUGAUUCAAUUCAGCAAACCUCGCCGCUCCCUCGUCAAGUCCAUGGACCAGUUCCGCCGCCACGAGACAAGUGCACGGGACUUCAUCCCCAACGGUGGAGGUGGAGGUGUAGGCAGAUCAGGCACGCCAAGUCGCUUCGACACUAGUUUCUACCGCACCCACGAUGCUCUCGGGUACAUCCCGUCCGACGUGCAGUCUCUGCGCUCGCAAGCCACUUAUUCUUCUGGGCUUCCCAUGUUUGCUGCGGCUGGUGGUUUUGGUCCUGGGCUACCCCGUGGCUCUGGAGGUGUUGGGAAGCGCAGCGCAUACGGUAGUUACGCUAGCUCCAUCAUCUCCCAGGAUGCUGGACCGCCGAGCACCGCAAGUAUUGGUGGUGCUGCCAUGGCAUUCUCGCAGUCAGACCGCUUACAGAGGAGGGGUUCUUUCUCCUCUGCUGCCGGUGCUUCUGAUAUGGCCAGCAUGAGCGGGUAUGACUACAAGAGCCAGGAUGACACGACAGAUAUUGAUGACAUGAAGAGCCAGUAUGCGGGAACGCAAUCGGGCUUAACGGUGUUUUAGAUGACGCGAGUUAUUCCGCCGCCGCCGAUUCUACGCGCGCACUACGUGCGGCUGCGCGAGCUGGUAUAUGUGGGACUGGUUCGUGGUUCGCGAUGCCACGGUCAGCUAGGCUAGCUGCUCCAUUGCACUUCUUGUCGCAUCUUGGCAGCCUGGAGGUGUCUCCAG